UUCCUCUGCGAAAAGCACCUCUCCGUGACCUCAGUGCGGGCUGCGCCGCGCGUUUCCCCCGCACGGCAUUUUUCCUGCCACCGCCGUCUGGCCGUCUCCGUCCUGCCACCGCCCAUCCUUCCCGACGCUGGCCUCCACCUGUCCCCCGAGCCGGCGCCACGGGACGCGAAGUGGUCAUGACACUCUGUGCGCAGUCUCUGGAGAUACAGCCAGAACUUUUCGUUCACAUGGCAGCAGCAAACUCUUCUCCACCUGGUUCUCUGGAUCUAAACCAGCCUGGGUUUGCAAAGGAGAUCCUGGGAACUAAACUGGAGGUCAAAUACCUGUGCUCCGAUUGCAAGAACAUACUCAGGCGGCCGUUCCAGGCGCAGUGUGGUCAUCGCUACUGCUCCUACUGCCUGAAGAAAAUCAUCAGUGCUGGACCUCAAAAGUGUGCCAGCUGUAUCCAGGAAGGAAUAUAUGAAGAAGGAAUUUCUAUUUUGGAAACAAGCUCGGCUUUCCCUGACAAUGCGGCGCGGCGGGAAGUGGAAAGUCUGCCUGCUGUCUGCAUCAACAGCGGCUGCACCUGGAAAGGAACCAUCAAAGAGUAUGAGGCUCAUGAUGAAGUCUGCCCUGAAUUCCCGCUGACUUGUGAAGGCUGUGGGAAGAAGAUUCCCAGGGAGAAGUUUCGGGACCAUGUGAAGACGUGUGGCAGAUCCAAAGUACCGUGCCGGUUCGAGGCUGUGGGCUGUGCUGAGGUGGUGGAAAAUGAAAAGCUCCCAGAACAUGAAAGGAAGUAUUUGGCAGAGCAUCUCUACAUGCUUCUGAGCUCUGUGCUCAGCCUCAAGACUGGUGCUGGGGACAUGAAGCCCCUUCCUGUCCCUUCCUCAUCACAAAACAGUUCCCCACUUCUGGCAGCAAACUCACUGUGCUCAGAGUCAGAGCUCUCCCGGUCUCUAGAGCUCUUGGGAAGGUGUGAGGCCCUUGAGAGGAAAACAGUUACCUUUGAGAACAUUGUCUGUGUGCUUAACCGGGAGGUGGAGAGAGUGUCCCUGACAGCUGAGGCCUACAGUCGCCAGCACCGGCUGGACCAGGAGAAAAUCGAAACACUGAGCAACAAGGUCCGGCAGCUGGAGAGGAGCAUUGGGCUUAAAGACCUGGCCAUGGCUGAGAUGGAGGAAAAGAUCCGCAACAUGGAGGCUUCCACCUACGAUGGGGUUUUCAUCUGGAAGAUAACGGAGUUUGCCCGGAAGCGUCAGGAGGCGAUAACAGGCCGCUCUCCUGCCAUCUUCUCUCCAGCUUUCUACACCAGCAAGUAUGGCUACAAGAUGUGUCUGCGCGUGUACCUGAAUGGGGACGGCACCGGCCGCGGGACCCACCUGUCCUUGUUUUUUGUGGUGAUGAAGGGACCUAAUGAUGCGCUGCUGCGAUGGCCCUUUAACCAGAAGGUCACCCUGAUGCUUCUGGACCAGAAUAACCGGGAGCACAUCAUUGACGCCUUCCGCCCUGAUGUGACAUCCUCAUCCUUCCAGCGCCCUGUCACGGAGAUGAACAUCGCCAGUGGCUGCCCCCUCUUCUGCCCCGUGUCUGUCAUGGAAGCCAAGAACUCCUACGUGCGUGAUGAUGCCAUCUUUAUUAAAGCCAUCGUUGAUCUCACGGGCCUCUAACCCUCCUGACCUUGGAGCAGUGAGCAUGGAGCCAGCACUGACCAGGGCAUCUCCCGCUUGUGCUGCACUUCAGGCAGGUCUCAGAGCAAGAGAGGGGAAAAGCCCUUCCUGAAAAGAGACUUUUGCUCUGAGUGGAAGUGAGGUGUCUGAUGGGAGCCCUCUUUCCUGAGGAGAGGGUUGGGUGGACACUGGGAGGCCGUGGAAUAUGGAAGAUUCCCUGCAGGGACUUGGAUGUCUGAACUGCUGCUGUCUGGACUCCAGUGGAAGCCAGUGCAGCUCUUGCUCUACCAGUUUAGCUGACAUCCACAGCUCUCUGUAGUAAAAGAGCAGUUUGUCGUGCCUGAGCUCCACCUCCUGUGGAUUUUGGCUCAGCUGUUUAGGAUUUCCCUCUGAGAUCUCCAUGUUCCUGGAAGUUGUGUGCUGUGGGGUGCUAUGGCUCUGCACUGCUGGUUGCUCCACACCCCAGGAGACAAGGAGGGUGUGUGACAGUUGCAGUGGCAGCUAGGCAAGAGAGGCACAGACUGGUUUGAUGCCGUUGGUGUGUUAGGAGGGUGCUGAGCCCAGCUGCAGGGCAGGGGAGCCCUGAGUCCAGUCCUUGCUGGGUGUGCAAAGGGUGGUAUGUGCUGGAGUGUGGAAUGGGGCAGAAGGUGUUGAACCUGCAGCCACCUGGGUAGGAUCUGGGGGCUGGAGAAGUGAAGUGUGUUGUCCCCUUUCUGUCCCUGGGUUCCUUCCCUCUGGACAGCACAUGUUCAGCAACCAUGAGAAGGUCUCAGUGUUAGUGGGGAAGAACUGACUGCCACAUCCCUGUGUAGUGUCCUCUACAGUUUUGUUGUGGCCAUGAGUAGCUCUGGAUGGGCCCUGAUCCAGGGUGAACUUGAAGCUUUGUUGCCUCCUUUGCCUGGGCUUCCCAGACCCCUGUCAGUAGCUGAAUGUGCCACAGGUGAUGUGUUGGUGACAGGAACCAGCUGUGAACACCCUGCAUUGAUCAGGGGCCCUGGCUGGCUCUUGUGCUGCUCCUCAGGCAGUGGGUCUGGAACAUGGUCACCCUCCUCAGUGGCUGCCAGGGAUUGGCUCUCCACUGGCAGCAGCUCCUGCCAGGUGCUGGGUCUGAUGGCUGCAGUGCCUGCCAGGCUUCUGGUCUGCUCACACCUUGGCUCUGGCACAGCCACCCUGAGGGGUCCAGAACACCAUCAGGCUCUGUCCUAGCAGGGAGCCCUUCAAGGUUUGGCUGUCCCCCCAUGCACUGGCAGAGCCCUGACCUACCCCUGGGGCUGUUUGGAAUGUCCCUGCUGCUGCCCAGGAAGUCAGGGGCCUCUAACCCUCUUGACCUUGGAGCAGUGAGCAUGCCCAGGAACUCCGGGGUGUCCAGUGCCCUGCAGGCUGAGCUGAACCUCUUGCACCCACGGCUGCUGUGCUAGCCAGGUGCUCUCCAGACAGGUGCUGGGGUGACCUGUGAGCCCCCUUUGGAAUCGGUGCAUGGAACUUCUCACGUGUGUGUGUGCAAGGUCUGGGGCCAGACCCAGCCCCUGCUGUUGGGGGAGGAGGACAGAAGCUGGUGACAGCACAGCCUGAGGUGGGAGAGGGGUCACAGGACCCUCCCUUUGUGCAAGUCCCCUCCAGCCUGUCCCAAGGGACAGAUCAAGCCCUGUGUUGCUGCUCUCACCCUGUGCCUUAUGAGGAAAAUCCAGGCUAGCAGAGCCCUUCUCCCAUCUACAACAGCUCCCCAGGGAUGCUUGGAAAAGCCUGGAAAGGGAGAGAAAGGUCAGCUCUGCUCAUAGAAUUGCUGGGAGUUGAGUGUUAUGUGGGGGGAGCUUGUUCUACGUUGAUCAGAAUGUCUGCUCAUGGGGUGCUGCCUGCAGUGGGGCUGGGGGCUCUGGCCAGGUAGUGCCAGGAGGGACUGUGGAGACACAGUGGAGUGGGGGGAGGUGGGGGGGGUCUGAGCUGCUUUCAGGGUGGGAACUGGUGCUUCUGCCCCAGGACAUGUUUGGAAGGUCUGUGGGAGAGUCGGUGCUGCAGCAAAGCUCAGGCUAAGCUCUUCAAGCCAUUGGCUUACUGCUGGAGGGGAAACAUGGCCUGUCAGCCCCUCCCGCUGGGAGCCCUUUCCUCCCCACCCUUCUGGUACUGCUGAUGCUGCCGGGCCUUUUUUGGCUCUUAGCAGCUCUGGAGCUGACAGCAGGAUUUGUACCCAUGUGCAGGCAGGAGCCCAGCCCCUUCCUGGGCACAGCUCUGCCAGCCUGGCGGCCACAUGAACAAACACUGAACACAAGCCACUGCUGGAUUUUUGUGGUUUGUUUUUUUUUUUAUUAUUUUAUUUUGACUACACCAUCUCAGCACUGUGAACUAGGCUUUGUUUUCCUUGAGGGUGUAGUAUGGUCAGAACCACUAAUAAAAGCUGUUUGAACAGCA